UAAACAUUUGAAAAAAUACUUUUCAAUCGCCAUUUCUUUUAAGAAAUUUAAAAAUACAAACAAAUGUUGAAAAUUGCAAUUUUUGUAGUACUUUUGGCGGACGUCCUGUGCGUUCCCAAUAACGUGAGCGCCGAUACGGCCGGAGUGGAUGACAUGAUAAACGCUUACGCGAUCACUGGUUUGGGAGAUCUGUUGAACGCCGUGAAAGGGAUGAGCGCACAGUUGUCGGCCAUCUCAGGCCUCGAAGGUGUGCCCAAACAACUUGUGACGGCAUUUGCCGCUAAUCUGACCCGAUUGGAGGCCGACUUGAGUCAGAGGUCGGCUAAUACAGCAAACCUCGCGGGCAAAGCGUAUUCAGACGUCGGCGUACUUAUAGACUACUCGUUAGUGACGGAAAACGAGUUAAACCGCGAGUUAUUAUUACAGUCGUCGGCUUUGGGGGCCACUAAUGUCAACCCAAGCGGUCAGAACCCAUUGACAGUCGUCCUACAACUGGUCGCUCAAACGCGCCGACAAUUGGUGGACAGUCUUAAGCGGAUUCACAAUAGUCUGGAAACUCGGGCCAACACUGACGCGAGAUUCAAACCGGUGGCCCAGGAGUUCGCAAAUAUGUUCAAAACUAUUGAGAAACAAACGGCGAAAACACAACACAGCGGUCGCCAAGAAGUGGUCGACCAGUUGUCUAAAGUGGAGGAAUGGAUAGGAAAAGCGACCGGAGAUCAGGCCAAAGAAGCGCAACAGAUUAAGUCACAACUUAGCCGUCGAUUGGCGGACAUUGACAGGCAAAUCGUGAGCACCGGUGGCGACGGAGCCAAUGGCAACGCAAACGGUAAGCCGAGCACCGGUUUGUUUGGCCAUUUGGCCGAUAUGUUCAAUACCGUGAAGAGCAUCAACAAAGACAUCGGAGGACAGAUGUCGACCAUCGUUGGCCUCGAAGGUGCGCCCAAACAACUUGCGAAGGAAUUGGUUGACAAUAUUAACGAACUAGAGUCCCAAUUGACCAGGGUGGAUGGGCAGGGCAAUUUUACGACCCUGGUCGACGCGUACAAAAAAGUUGGCUCAAGUUUAGAAACAAUGUUUGCCACUGAACACCAAUUAAACCGACAGUUAUUGUCGGAGUCGUUGUUUUUGGCCAAACAUACGGAUCAAAACCCGGCGGCAGUCGCCCGACAACUGAUCGCUCGGAAGCGCAUCCAAUUGGAAGACAGUCUUAAGCGGGUCUACGAGAGUCUCGUCAAUCGAGUCAAGACAACCGAUAGACUCGAACAGGAGUUAAAGGGGUUCGAGAAUGACAUUCAAAAUGGACUCAAAUUACUGAACAAUUUUAAGUUAAAAACACUUCAAUCGGAUCGACAAGAAGUGGUCAACAGUUUGAAUAAAGUAGAGAACAUUAUACGGACGGCGACCGCGGAUCAGGUCAAAGAUGGGCAACGGAUUAAGUCCCAAUUGAUCCGUCUAUUGGCGGACAUUAAUGCGCAAAUCUAA